UCUCAAGGCUCAGUGGGGGAAAUUCUUCCUUGCCGGAGUUUAAGUCCAUUCUCCUUCAAGGCGUAAAUUUAUUUCUAUUUCUUUAAGGAGUCGCUGGCCACUGGAAAGCCCGGAUGAGGCCUUCUGAUUGGGCGUGGCGUCUCGGUGACGUCAUCCGGACUAUAUUAAAAGGCUUCGGCACGCUUCCCCCGCCGGAACUUCUAGCAGUGUACCUGAUUAGUUUGGUCUCUGGGCAGCACCGCCUGUCUCACUCCAUUCCCGGCUCUCCUCUACGUUCUCGUCGAGCAAGCAUGGAAGUGCAGAAAGAAGCGCAGCGCAUCAUGACCCUGUCGGUGUGGAAGAUGUACCACUCCCGCAUGCAGCGAGGUGGCUUGCGUCUCCACCGGAGCCUACAGCUGUCCCUUGUCAUGCGCAGCGCUCGGGAGCUCUACCUCUCAGCCAAGGUAGAGCCCCACCAACCCGAGUUCCCGCCACCCGGCCGGACCCUUGACCCUCGCCUGCACCCACCGCGGGAAGCCGAAGCCGCAGUGAGAGCGGCGCCCCCCGACGCCGAACAGCCCCCGGAGCCCAUGGACACGCAAGAGGAGGUGCUGCGAGUCCAGGAGACCCCUGCGCUGUGUGACCGGUCCCCCGCCAGAGUCAGCCGCAAGCGCCGGAGCAGCAGCGACCUGAGCGACGGCGGUGACGUUGGACUGGUACCAAGCAAGAAGGCCCGUCUAGAAGAAGUGGAGAGGGAGGAGACGUCGGAGAUCGCCGAUCGCCUGCAGCUUCCUCCCGCACAAACCGAAGGUGCCUUCCCUAAUCUCGCCAGCGUCCUCCAAAGGCGCUUCUCCAGUCUCCUGAACUGUGGGCCCGCCGUUCCCCCGCCGGCGCCCCCCGCGUGUGAGGCCAAGCCAGCCUGCCGCCCGGCCGACAACAUGCUCAGCGUGCUCGUGCGAGCCGUGGUCGCCUUCUGAGGUCUCCCAGCGGCGUCACCGGAGCCGAAAACGCACACCCGAGGUCAGGGCCGGCUGGGGAAAGCCGGCGGCCCGUGAAGAAGAGCCGCGGCCCGAGCUGCCAGAGGCCCGGGGGAAGGACCGAGGAGCUGGCGGCGCGGGCGCCUUCUCCCAGACGUGCGUCCGCAAGGUGCUGUUAAAGGACUGUCCCCUCCCUGGCUGGGAGAAGGGACACCUGGAUCUUGAAUCUCAGGGUCGGACUCUCUUGGCCUGGCUGCCCUUUCAAGGCCGUUUCACUAGCCGACGCGUUUCGGCCCCUACAAGUGGCACGCUUGUGCAAGCGGCCCUGGUUGCGUCAUGGGGCAGACGCGGGUGCUUCCUGUUGCCUUGCGUGGGUGUGGGGCCUGGGAGGAGGCCAGGGUGUGGACCCGCCCUAGGGACUGGGAAGUGACUUGAGUCACCUCGCCCCCACAGGCUGCUAUGGUUGAGCCGGCCUUCUGCUGAGAGCCUGAACUGAACCGAACAAAUCUUUGUGCGGUCAGCGGAGCGUCUGGAGACCCCCGGGACUGUCAGCAUAGACUGAUCGCCCGGCGUGGAUCAGCCAGGACGACUGGUCGCAGUUGCUGUCCUCGUCGGGCAGGAAGGGAAUUUUUUCUGCCAGCGCGUUCAUGAAGUCUGUUUACCUUUCCUAUGGUGGGUUGUGUUUAACCCCCAUCUACUUGGCGUUUUACAAUGUCAGCUAGAAAAAUAAAAGAUCGU